CUCUGCUCUGUUUGUCUUGUUUCAUUUUGUCUGCAGUCCUUUAUAGACAACUCCAACUCAUUGUUUUCCUUUAACCAGCAUCGCCAUCAUUCCUUAAAUGUACCCUCCAAAGAUUCCUUCAUAUAUUGCAUUCCAUAUUACCCUCUUGAAUUCUUCAGGUUGGUUUUCCUUGAAGUUUCUGUGAGUCCCGUGAGCUCCGCGAUAUAGGAACUUGAAGGAUUCAGUGAGAAUAAAGGUUGACAUAAGAAAUGGCAUCAUCUUUGGAGGAUCUUCUCGCAGAAGAUGGAUUUAGAGGAAGAAAAUCUUUGACAAGGUCAAGAACUUCCUUCCGGUCAGAAGCACAAACUUUCCCUCGCUACCCUUUUCCUGAUAAACAUAGGAAAGAAUUCACAGCAAGGGAUAGAAUUAGGACAGAGAGGUCAAGGUCUGAUGUGUCAUGGUAUAAAUUGAGAAGUGAAUCACCAAUUGAUGAUAUUAGGGGUAGUAGAGCAAGAGAUAAUCUUGUUAGACGAGAGAAGAUAGACGGACGGUUGUCAAAGAACGAAGUUAAGGACAGACUUGGAGGAAGAAAUUCUGCCAGUUUGCAGGAAGGUAAGAAUGAUGACAGUUUAUCUGAGAAAUCAUCAAGAAAUGAGAUAAUAGAAGUUGCAGAAGAAGAAAAUGCGAGAUAUAAGGAAAUAUAUACAAAUGAAGUGUAUAGUCCACAGAGAGGCGAAGAUAAGUAUUCUUCCAAUGGACCCAAGGAGAGGUCCUUGAAGGAUGCAAAGGAGGAUAAGAGGAAUGGAAGCAGUUGUAAGAAGUACAUGUUUGGAGGAAGGUUGAGUUCAAGUGAAAAAAAUAGGAGAAGUACAAAACAGAACAGAACUGCUUCUGAGAGAUCAAAUAGAGAUGCAUCAAAUAGCAAAAGCUUCGAAGAUAAUCGUGGUCAGAAGAAUGAUGAUAAUAGACAGGGAAUUUCUGAACCUGCCCUUGAUGAAGUUGCUAUUCAAGCAACGGUUUCCAUCCUAAGUGGCUACAUUAAACGUUUUCUCAAGGAUGAGGAUUUCAGAAUUUCACUCAGGCACAAUUGUUUCUCUUCCCUAAAUUUUAUUGAACUGGAAGACAGGCAUACCGAGAGUAAAAUCAUAAUGAACCUUGAACAAGCAAUUGAAACUGUAGAAAAAGUUGCAGAAGAAGGAUCCAAAAAUCCAAAAGAUUUGAAAAAAGCUACAUUGCAGCUUAGUGUUAUUGCCGGGUUGAACUCAGAUGAGUUGAAGGAUGGAUUUACAUCAGGGGUUCCUAAUUAUAAGUUGGCAGCUUGUUCUCAUCUUUACCUCAGUGUGGUGUAUAAGUUGCAAAAGAAAGACAAGGUUUCUGCGAAACAGCUUUUGCAAGUGUUUUGUGAUUCACCAUAUCAAGCAAGAACAACGUUGUUGCCUGAUUUAUGGGAGCAACUAUUUUUUCCACAGCUUUCUCAUUUGAAUGUCUGGUACAAUCAAGAAGCUGAUUGUAUAGCAGGUACACCAAGCAGGCCAAGAAAACUGAAGCUUCUUGAAAAAUUGUACAACGAAAUUAUGGACUCUGGUACUUACCAAUUUGCAGCCUACUACAAAGACUGGCUCACAGAAGGAGUUGAAACUCCUUCCAUUCCUUCUAUUUGCAUACCAUCAGGAGCUACCGAAGAAGUUCCCCAUGGAAGCUCUUCUGGCCAUUCCUCCAGUCCUGAUGGUACAUUUUCAAUGCAAACGAUGGUCAGUAAAAAACUAUAUGAUGAUGUAUUUGGAGAUCAAAGUAUAAGUGGAUUUAAUGGGGCCAAAGAUGUCAGAGAGGCCGAGAACUUUGAUGAUUCUAUUAGAAGUUCUCAAGGUUCUGUGGUUAUCAAACAAACGUCAACACACUCUUCUGAAGCUGCAAAUAAUACAGAUCAAGAUAUAGAGGAAGAUUCCACGAAGAGUGCACCUGAUGAUGCCUUCUGUACUGAGAAUGGACACCUAAUGACAUCAGAUAAAAGAUGGAGUUAUGUAGAGGGGGUUUCACCAGAAAAAGAUCUCAAUGAGAAGUGUGGAAACUCUAUUCCAUAUGAAGAAACAUUAGGGAACGACCAGUCACUAUACUCACCUCCACAUACAAAAGAAAAUGAGCUCACCCUCAAAAGGCUAGCUAAAUCUGUUUUCGAACUGCAACGCCCGGCAAGUACUGUUGAUCUCACCGUUUCAACUCUUUCAAAUUCCAGCGAAGCCACAAUGUCCCAUUCCCUUGAAAGUGCUACCAAAGUAAUGUCCUCUUUAGAAGAGUUGCAUGAAGGGUACUUUGGAGAAAGAUCUUCUUCCUCAAGCAUCCCACAGGAAUUCAUUUGCCCUCUGACUGGGCAGUUGUUUGAAGAUCCAGUGACCCUGGAAACUGGUCAAACAUUUGAGAGGAAAGCCAUCAAGGAAUGGUUUGCUCAGGGUAACAGAACAUGUCCUGCAACAGGAAAGCAUUUGGAAUAUUUAGCAGUGCCAUUUACCAACUUGGUUUUGAAGCGUGUGAUUGAUAGUUGGAAAUCGGAACAUUGUAGGCAUCUCUUGACAUUUGCCUCCCAAAUAAUUGGGAACAUGGGUGGGGACGGGCCGAAACAUAGUGAUGAAACAGCUAUAGUCAUGUUUGAACAGCUUCUCUCUGCUUGUAGUAGAGAGGAAAGAACAACUAAUGCCAAACACCUUAUUUCUCUUGGUGGCUUGCAGUUUCUUCUUCAAAGAUUUGAAAAUGGAAGUCUGGAAGAUAAAACACGUGUUUUGGCACUCUUGACAUGUUGUAUUGAAGCUGAUCCAGGUUGCAGAAAUAAGGUAGCAAGGGAUAUUAACAAGCAGUGUCUUCUUCAACUACUCCAUAGCAAGCAAAUUAGGUCCCGAACAAAUGUGGUGCUGUUGUUGACCGAACUGGUUUGCCUCAAAAGGAAGAAAGAUCUUACAUUGUUCCUUAGUGGCUUGCAGAAUGAAGGGAUAGAGAAUACAAUGCAUAUUCUGCUUGUUUAUCUUCAAGGUUCCCCAGCUGCUGAGAGGCCUCUGGUUGCUGCACUUCUGUUAUACUUGGAUCUUUUGGUAGAACCUCGAAAGUACAGCAAAUAUAGAGAGGAGGCAGUUGAUGCCAUCACAGAGGCACUUGAUGGCAGCUUAGCUGAUGAGAAAGUCCGAGAAAAUUGUUGCAGAGCACUUUUUAUCUUGGGAGGCAGUUUUUCUUUCUCUGGAGAAUUAUUGAAAGAUAUUUGGAAUCUCAAGCAAGCAGGAUUUUAUGAUUAUGAUAAAGUAACUUUGUCACUACAUAAUGAAGAAGACAGUAUACUGGGUGAUGAUGCAUCUUCAGUGGACGAUGAAGAACACGCAAACAAAGAGUGGUUGAGGAGCUUGUCUUCAUCGCUGCUUGGUAACGGAAAGCGAUCAUUUUUAGAGACCAUUUCCAAGUGUCUAGGGUCGGGAAACAUGGACUUGGUGAGGGCGUGCCUGACCACAGUGGCAUGGUUGAGCUCUGCACUUGCUUCACUAUCCGAUGCUGAGUUUCAGCUCUCUGCAGCCUUCUCAGCUCUCAUCUCCCAGCUGAAACAAAGCCUGGAAAACAGCCGACAGCUUGAGCACAAAAUCCUUGCUUCAAUGUCUCUAUUCAAUUUAAGCAAAAUAUCAGAAUGCAGAGUACUCAUAACUACAAUGGCAGAAGAUAUAGCAGGUCCUCUAAAAAGCCUUGCUGAAAUAACAUGGACAGCAAAACUUCUCUACGCCAUUAUAUCUGGGUAAGAUCUUUAAUCCCAUGCAGAAUGAAAACUUUGAAGGCCUUUAUGCUAGCAUAAGCAUAAUUUUAAGUGGGUUUAGCAUUGGAAAUGAAUCAAUGUUUAUUAUAGGAGAAACUUAUACUUUUGGUAUAGUGGUGAAUUUACCAGAGAACUUCUUUCUUUCUUUUUUGUUUUAAUUUAUUUGGUUAGCUCAAAAUGUUAUAAGAGCUAGCUAGAGUUGCAACUUGUUCAGUUACACAUGAUAAUCAAGCAAUAUACAUAGAAAUUUGUAUAUGUGUAAGUCUAAUUAGUCAUUCUGUAUUUGCCACAGUUUAUCCUAUUGUAUAAUCAAAUGUUCUUCGAUUUUGUUAUGAUAUACAUAGACUUAUAAACCUUA